CAUCAAUAUAUCAAGAACAAACGUCAAAAACUAAAAUUUUGUCAAACGAAUUAAAAAAAAAUUAAUAACAAAAUAAGAAAAUUUAAAAAAAAAUUGCAAACACUAUGGACGAUAACUUCAUUAAUAAAAAAGAUGCAGCUACAGAAACAGCAGAUUUAUCUUCAUCCUCAUCAUCUACAUCAUCAACGGAAAUAGAAAAUCGUUCAAAAAGUUCUUCAACUUUGGCUUACAACUCAUCGUCUACAUUAACUUUAAGAGAUAAAAAACGAAAGAAAUCUAUUGUUAAAGAAACCACUAAAACUGUUAACACAGAAUAUCCUUUAAAAAAGCGCUAUUCUAAAGAUGAUAAUGUAUCCACUAGUAGUAGUUUUAAUUCUGAAAAAAGUUUAAAAAAUUUACAUUUUCCAAUUAUAAAACAUAAAGAAACUUCAACUUCCACUAAGGAAAUUGCUAGCGAUUCUAGCUAUGACACCGUUACGAGCUUUUCAACUUUAACUGAUAUUAAGGAAAUUUCAGCGACCACGAAAUCAAAAGACAAUCGAAUUCAAACAAGUUUAUCUCUGGAUCCUUCUACCUCAUCAACCUUAACUUCCACAGAGACUCUUACCCCAAAAACAACAGCUAAGGAGGAGGAAAUAAUGGGAAGUAUAAGAAAAGUAUCAUUAAAAAAGGAUUUAGUUUUGGAUACAAAACAAACAAAAGAACCAGUUUCAGAACAACCCGUUAAAAAAACUUUAUUUGUGGAAGAUUCUGAAACUUCUGCUUCGCUAAAGACUGAUAGUAUAGAUCAGCAUAGAGAAACACCUUUGAGAUUUGUUGAGAAAGAUACGGAACCUGAACCUUUUUUAAAAUCCAGCAAAUCGAGGCAUGUUAAAAAAGUAACAAGUUCAGAAGAAAGCGAAAAAGAGAGACCAGCAUUUCUUAAAUCCAGCAAAUCUCAACAUGUUAGAGGCGCUCCCACAUAUGACGACGACGAUGAUGACUCUGAUGAUGAUCAACGAGAAAGUACUAAUUUACAAAUGGGACAUGUUUUCGUUUACAUGGUCAUUCCGCCAGAUGGUGGCUAUGGUUGGCUUAUAACUUUUAUAUCAUUUUUAUGUCAAGUAAUAGUUGAUGGCAUAAUUUUCUCUAUUGGCAUUGUCUUACCACAUAUUGCCAAAGAUUUGAAUAUACCCGGUGCAAAUGUGGUUUUGGUGGCUUCCAUGCAAAUUGGCUUCUAUUUUUUGUCCGGCACAGUUUCGAGCGCUUUUAUUAACAAAUUUGGUUUCCGUCCGGUAGCCUUGACUGGUUGUCUACUGUCCAUAACGGUCCUUACCAUAGCCACCUUUAGUGUCAAUCUUCCCAUGAUGAUAUUAUUUUACAGUAUUUUGGGUGGUCCUAGUCUUAGCAUGAUUUGGGUUUCGUCUCAGCUUAUAAUUGGUUACUAUUUUGAUAAAUAUCGUCCCAUAGCAAAUGGUGCCUCCUGUUCAGGAGCUGGUGCUGGUAUAAUGAUAUUUUGUUAUAUGAAUAGUGUUUUGAUACCAGAAUUGGGUUGGCGUAAUUUAAUGAGAGUUCAUGUGGGAUUUUUAAUAGUAGUUUUAUUUAUGACUUUGACAUUUAUAGAGGUGUCACCCACCAGAAUAGGCAAAGUAAAAGAGCCUUUAGCUGAAGACACUGAAUCCGAGUCAUUUGACCUGCUUACGGGACUUACACAAUAUUCAAGAUAUUCCAUAAAAGUUGAUGAACAAGAAUAUUCUCUAGAUGAACAUUUCGAAAACAUAUUGGAAAAAACUGAGGAACCCAAAGAGCAAAAACUUUCUGCUUGUCAUCAGUGUUUGCAAAAAUGCUGCCCCUCCCUGCAACGUUGGUGGGAAAGGCGCCGCGAAGAAAAAGCCAAAGAGGAGGCCACCAAACGAUAUGUGAUUAAACAAGAUCUUAUAGAAAGACAAGAUCUUUUCUAUAUGGGUCCCACGGACCACAAAAUAGAACAACAAAAAGUAGAAGAAAUAUUGCAAAAACGUUUAUCUAAACGUGCCAGUGUUGGUGCUAAUCAUGCAGAUAGAUUUACUAUAACUCUAGAGGAUUUUGAUAACAAUCAAAAAAGACUAACUGUGAUUAGUGCCAUGACAACGAAGCAACAGAAAAUGAAGGAACAUCGAUCCUAUAAGGAAUUGAAGCAGCAAGAAAAAUAUCCUUUAUGGGCAUUUUUGUCUCCUAAGAAUUUGAUUCACUCAAAGAUACGUAAGGCAUUUAGUUUGCUUUUUGAUUUUCGUUUAUUGGCGAUAAUGGAAUUUAGAGUUUUAUUACUGUCGGCAUUUUUAUUUCCCAUGGGUUUUAAUAUACCGUUUGUAUAUUCAACAGUGCGUGUACAAAUUGAUGCAUCUUUUGCCAAGCUAAUUUCACCCACCAUUGGUUUUUCAAAUUUUGCUUUUCGUAUUGCAUCUGGUUUUGUUGCAUUCAAAUUUCGUGAAUAUACAACUUAUAUUUGUGGUGGUGGCAUGGUUUUUGGUGGCGUUGCUGUUCUCAUAAGUGCCUUCUAUGGUCUCGAUGUGGUUUGGUUUCAAUUUCUGUAUGCCAUGUGCUAUGGCAUAGCUCCAGCAUUCUAUUCUACUUUGCGUGCCAUUAUCUAUGUACGUUCAUUGGGCCUGGAUAAGCUAACAAACGCCUUCGGUUUAACGGCUUUGGCCAUGGGUAUGGGUGUCUUUAUUGGUACAACAGCUGGUGGCAUCUUAAAUGAUUUCACCGGCAGUUACACAGCCUCAUUUGUGUUUGCUGGAAUUUGUAUUUGUUUAUCGGGUGCCUUGAAAUUGAUAUUGCCCUAUUUAAUUAAACUCUCAAAAGAUAAAGAAAGAAAGUGAAAAGCGAAUUAAAUAAAAACGAAAACGAAUAAAAAUGAGGUAAUAAAAUA